AUGGAGAGGAAAAAACACCAUAGGAUUGUUUAUGAACCUACAGCAGUCCUGAAUCCAUCUCCCAAAGUAACAAAUUGUUGCAAAUGGCGGUGGGCAAAAUAUAGAGUUGAGCAGGCAUACAUGACCCGACUUGUCGGCUCCCAGCUCGCUCCGGCUAUGUCAGCGGAUCCAGAUCCCAGUCCACCUUCACAGUCCAAGGAGGGUGACCUCGGCCUGAACCAUCACCAGGAGGAGGUCAUCCAGAGGUUGGCCAUGCAACUGAGAGACAUUGGGGACAGCAUCAAUCAGAGGAUGAUUCCAGAGGAUCCCCCGCUGCACGGCAGAGCGGCCCUGGCUCGCUUCGUCUUCUUUUUCUUCAGGAGGGCUUGGGUGCUGCUGCGCCUGGCCCGGAAUGAGCAUUUGCUGUAA